AUGCAGCAAUCCGGCUUUCGUUCGGCGCCUGUUUCAAAAGCGUUCCUCUUUACUCUUGUCGCAACUUCUCUUUUGGCCUCAAUCGUUGAUGUCAAGCAUUACUUCCAUAUCCAAAUUGUACCACAUCUUUGGGUCUAUAGACAGCUAUGGCGCGUAUUGAUAUGGCAGACAUGCUAUGCCAACGCCGCAUGGCAUAUGAACUAUCUCCCUCCAGGGCCAACACCAAUCAUCUUCGCUGCGCUCGCUCAAUACCACGCCAGUAUUCCUGGCAUCUACAAAUUUAAAUUACUCACUACGAGCUCCUCUGCCGACGGCGAUGCCGAUGCUCCCGGCAUCACAUUGUCUGACAAAUUUUACGUUUACUUCCUGUCUGCUCAACUGGCACUCUGCCAGCCUCCUGGAUCCAUGCUUUCUGCUGCUGUAGGAUGGGUUGUUGGUUAUGCAUGGAGAAUGGAUCUUUUGCCGAAGAGUAAGUGGAGAUUGCCGAGUUGGCUGUUUACAGAUAGCCAAGCUGGCGAGUUUGAAACUUUAAGGAGAAGGUUGAGGGACCAAGACGGAGUGACGACAGGGGCAGCCCAGACAGCUGUGCCCACAGCACCAAGACCUUUGGUGAGGCAAGUUUUGGAUCAGUUCAGGGGUUCAUUUUAA